AUGGAUGACUCCGAUAGUGAAUCAAUAGUCUCCACCAUCGUCAGUGAACACGACUCUGAUGAAGAAUGGAACGUGAACGAAAUAUUGGCCGAAUGGCCUAUUAAUGGCCUGCCACGAUAUCUCAUCGAAUGGGAGAAUUUUGAUUUGUGCGAGGCAACCUGGGAGCCCGCAGAAAACCUGAGUGAUGCCCUCUUCGAAGGUUGGGAGAAAACAAAAUCGCGGGAAGAUUUUGACAUGUUCAAGAACAUUCGAGAUUGGAAGAAUGCCGUCAAGUCCAAAUAUGCUGCCAAGCUCGACCGCCACCAAGAAAGGAAUCGGCGCAGAAGGCUGCGAGGCGAAGAGGAAACCUCGUUCACAGAGAUGGAAGAUCAUCUGAAAUGGGCCGAUCGAUUUCCAGAUGGCGAAGAGCCCAGUGGUUCUGUCGUCUCUAGUCCGUCUGUAAUCACAGACAUUGAUAUGGAUGAUGAGACAGGACAGCUGUCACAACAUUCUGUCGACAAACCGCAAAUAUCUUCCGCAAGUUUCAGUGAGAAUAAUUCGCCAAGAAGCAGCCGUCGGAACAGUGCAGCAUCUGUCCAUCAGCAACCACGACCGCCAAUGAACUCAGCAGCGACUACAACGACAAUCUCAUCCGCAUCCUCAACCAGUCAGAAACCACCGCUGCAGCGGCAACCGAGCAAAGUUCUUGCUGAUAAUAAGAGGCCGCCACAAAAGCCAGUGUCUUCAAGCAAUCUUUUGUCAUCAAAGUUCGGCGUUCGUGGACCGAUAAAGCGCACCGAUACUCACCUACGCAAGGGGCAACCGACGAAGGCCCGCAAGACCCGGCACGCGCAAGCCUUCACUGGAAACGUAUUUUCCGGGGGCACAGUGAGAAAGCCGCGCACAACCCUCGCCGAGGCUGCUAAAGAUUCCACCAAACAGUCGAAACUUUUGAAGCCACGAUAUGUGAGGAUCAUCCAGAAAGCAGGCCGCGACAGAGAAAGCGCUGCACCUGCAAGAUUACCGACAGACCUCAUCUCUCUAAACCCAGCAGAGCGAUCUGCCGACAGUCUGAGUACCUUACCGUCACGUCCCGAAAUUUUGAAUGAAACACUCAAACCUAUCCGACAAAAUAGGAACUCUGCUGAAGUCACUCCCGAGGCCCCGAAGCCAAAGCCCAAGAAGUCAAUUAGUUGGGGCACCGUUGAAGAGGCAACGAUACCCGCCCGUGGAGAGCGAGAGCAAAGUCUCUUCAUUCGCGAGGAUUCUCUCAUUCGAGCGACGACAUCGAUCAAGAUAGAAGACGACCCUCGCGAAACCGAGACAAGCACCGACUCACAAUCUGAGUCGACCUUCCAAACAAAGGCUUCAAACAACCAAGAAUGUUGGGCUGGGAGUGCCCCCGUUAUGAAUGGUGAUGCAUAUUCUUCUAAUAAAUCCAUCACCACGGAGGUACAGUUUGGCCCAGGAAGUCGGGAAACAUUUUCGGUUGUUUUUGAAAGAGGCGAAGAUCAGAAUGGUCAGCCUUGGUCAGGUAUCUUUGAACAGCACCCCAUAUUGAUUUUCACGCACUCUUGCAUGACGCAGGAUUUCUGGUCUCGAGAGACCGCCCUGGCUGCUGCUAAGCUGGGCACCGGCUCAGUGACAAGCAAUGGUGAUCCAGAAAGCUUGGCUAUAGUUGCGAAUUGGCUCUGUGUAAGGUCUGUGGGGGUUCUCCUAUACCACCAAGAACUGUGCAUCUUCGUAUAUGCAUCGUCCCAAGAGUCUGCCUUGCUACAUUAUUACUUGUUUCGGCCUUCUCCUCACCUGACAACGCGCUCGCUUGCGCCAAUUGUACUUCCAGAGGGCCUUGGUAGUGGCGAUGUCCUGCCACAAAUGAUACCGACGGUUUUCAACCGGCUUUUGGGAUUCCAGUAUGAGCAAUUACUGCCAGAAAAGGCCCUUAUGGAUUAUAGUAACCAUAACUUCUUCCUAGUAUUUCCCACGAAUGCUGUGGAAGAAGCUCACUUUCUGAGCGGAUGGCUGCGAAGUUGCAACCCUCAGUGCAGGUUACUAUCUAGCCUCACUUCUGGACACUGGGCUAGCUUCAGGAAGCUAGACCAGGGCGUGGUCAUCGUGCAUGAAGAAGCAAUGUGGGCCACACGACUGUUUCCUUCAGUUUGGACUCUCCUUCACAAUGUGCCAAACUUCAAUUUCCGCCUCUUUUCCAUAUCUCUGCAACCUUCACCCUUUUAUCCCUCUCUCGGCCAACCAUGCCGGAUCGGGGAUGUCACUCUGCAAACUAUCUGCGGGCAAAGGAAAGUUGUGCUAGUCACUCCCAGUUUUGUUAUCUCACAGCCCCAGCAGGCCUGGGCGUUCUUCAAGUGGGCUUACAAAUAUUGGCAGCAACAUCGCGAUGAUUUUCGGCUGGUCGUUUGUGCCGAGUUUGAGAAAUGGCUUCUCGAGGUCGCUGUUGAGGUGAAAAAAGACUGGGAGACGUAUUCAGAAAGGACCCGAGUACGCGAAGAGGACAAAGCGACAGCCGAGAAAGAAAUUGAUGCUCUUUAUAAGUGCUGGAACCACGUUACACAGAUAAGAGCACUUUCAGACGAUGACCAGCUGGCUCUGGUGUUCGCCCCUGAUACGAUUGACGGCAACGAUGAGCAGAGUCUUGUCAACUGGUUUGGGUGGUGGUCUAUCCUGAAUUUAGACCAGUAUCGGCAUUUCACCGCGCUCGGAUCGAGCCCUAAUGCUGGCAUUCAGAGACUCACUCAACGGAUCCAGAUCCCCCAAUAUACUCCCUCAACUUUGGGUAACCCAGACGAUAUUUAUGGCAAAGUUAACCCUACCGGCUCCUCCCUAGUCGCGCAGAAUCAAACAGCUGCGGGGACAGCUUUUCGGGAAAGACUCCAAACAAUCCCUCGCGAUGACGCUGUAUCGUUCAGGCAAUUCCUAGGACAACUAGAAAACAGUAUUCGGGAGAGGCAAUGGGGCCCGCAGACAGUCUUCACCUGCCCCGUCUCUUACUGGAAUGCAGAUAUGGCACGUGAUCUUUCCGAGUCUCAUGACGGGUUUGAAACAUACGAUAGAUGUCUUGGCUAUUUCAGUAGAAAGAUCCAUGGCGGCAGCUUUCUCAAUACUGGUGUGGCCUUCUGCUACACGAUUGAAGGAUCCUGGAAUUAUGGCGACAAUCGAGAGGCCACAAACAAGAACCGACGGCCGUGGAUUGUUGCAUACAGACCUAUUGAGGUGUUCAGGAAGCCAUGGCGUGGAAUGGAGUUGAUAAUAUGGGACCCUGUCAUGAAAAUGCCGGACAAGGAUUCAGAUAUUUACGAUGGGGAACUAAUUGAAGCACAACGCGAAAUGAUACGGCUUGCAGGAGAGUCCCAUAACGCAUUGCCCCUGGUGAGAGUAUGGAUUAGGGGACUAGAUGAGAUUCCGCAGGGGCUUACUGACCCUGUCGACAUCACUCUCCACCACCUUCGGCAUCUUAUGGAGAAUCUGAAGGUAUCUAUUCCAGCCGGAACGCCAAAAAUGGUAUCUCGAGGAUGGAGGGAAGUCAAACCAGGUAAUGCGCCCAUCAGAUCACCGCUAGACUCUUCAGAGCCAAUGGACAUUGAUGAGCCCACAGAUACACAUGAUGUGGCAGACGAGGACCUGAAGAUUGUCUUUCACGCUCCUCGUGGGAAGAAUAUGGACCGACCGACCAAGUGCAAAAACCGCCUCUUUAUGCACUGCGCAAAUAAAAGGAGUGAAGGAUACCACGGAAGGAUGAUGGAUUUCGUUUUCAGACCAACUCUGGACUGGUACGAUGAGCAGGUAGAAGAAGGCCGUGGUUUCGAGCAUAUUAGGAUUAUGCCGUGGCCAGCCUUUUUCUCGAAACAUUCAAUUGAAGACCCUCAGCGAUCUGAUAUGGGCUCAGAGAAGAAAGCCAAGGAGACAGAUACCUAG